GAGGCAUUUGUGCGAAUGACGCCUUUGUAAUUGCCUGUUGCUUGCAACCUGUGUCGGUCUCCCUUGCUUCCCAUUUUUAUUACAAAAAAAAAAAAACUCUAUUGUCCCAUGAGCAAAUGAACGAUCAUACAAAAGACUGGAACCUUCUCAACUUUUCUUUUUCCCUUCACUUCCAUUCCAUACCAUAACUUUUCCGGAAGAAUUUGCUUGCUACUUCCCGAAAAGUUUCAAGUUUUGGCCAUAGCAUAAUAUGGAAAAUGAGACUGCCGCUGCGCCUCAGCUGGCAGCUCUUGCUGACACUGAUAUCAAUUGGGACAGGUUGGAUAAGGCCAGGUUUCAUAUAAUAGGAGCUAUUCUUUUCACAGUUCAGUCGGCGUUAAUACAUUCAACUGCAGUAGUGAAGACAAGAAUGCAAGUGGCUGGAUCUGGACUUUCUCAAAUGAACGGACUCUCUGUAUUUAGGCAUAUACUUAAAAGUGAUGGCACCCCAGGCAUCUUUAGAGGCUUUGGCACAUCUGCCGUGGGUUCAUUGCCAGGUAGAGUUCUGGCUUUGACUUCACUUGAACUAUCAAAAGAUAUGAUGCUAAAAUACACUCAAGGUCUUAAUAUGCCUGAAGCAACUCGUGUCGGUGUAGCAAAUGGAUUUGCUGGCAUGGUCUCCAACUUAGUCUCAUGCGUAUACUUUGUGCCUCUGGAUGUGGUUUGCCAGAGACUUAUGGUUCAGGGAAUUCCGGGGAGUAAGCCUUGUACUGGUCCAUUCGAUGUUAUAAGGAAAGUACUAAAAGCUGAAGGGGUCCGUGGUAUGUAUAGAGGAUUUGGAUUAACAGCUGUGACUCAGUCUCCUGCGCAGGCACUUUGGUGGGGUGCCUAUGGUGCUGCUCAGCACAUGAUUUGGAGGAAUCUGGGUUAUGGUGACAACGUGGACAAGAAACCGUCUCACAUGGAGAUGGUGGCGGUCCAGGCUACAGCUGGAUUGGCGGCUGGUGCCUGUUCAUCAGUUAUUACAACUCCCAUAGAUACUAUUAAAACACGACUUCAGGUUAUCGAUGAUUAUGGGGUUGGGAGACCUUCUGUACUGAAGACCACGAAAGCACUUCUCAGAGAAGAUGGGUGGAAAGGCUUCUAUAGAGGCUUUGGACCUAGGUUCCUCAAUAUGUCUUUCUAUGGAACAACAAUGAUCGUCACGUAUGAGAUAAUCAAGAGAUUAUCUGUUAAACAAGCAUGAUCAUUCGGACAAUAAAGCCCAAAGAGCAUCAAUAUUCGGAAAGUACGAAAACGGCUGAACCAGUAUCUGGGAGGCUUCAUAUUAUACAGCUAACUUCAACUUUUUUUUUUUUUUUUUUUUAUUUUAUUUUUUUUAAUUUCUUUGUUU